AUGCUAGCCUUUGCACUCCACCUCGCCUUUGCUCUGGUCCUCACGGUCUUUCCUCCUUGGCGCCUUGCCGACGCGAAGCACGCUACCUGUUUCUGGAGGCCUGGAGCCGGCAGUCCUGCCAACUUCGGCUACAAGGUCUUCUGCGCCGCAGGACUCGAAAACCCGCUCAACUCUACGGACGUGGCCGAGUACACCUGUCAGUUGGCGAUCAUCGGAAAGACAUACGAGAGGGUGGCCGAUUGGGGCUUUCUGAAGCCGAAGACGCUCGAGAUCGGGACUCCGUGUGGCGACAAGGGAUACGGCGUGGACGAUAACAUUCUGAUCCCCGCUGCCUUCGUCUUCGCAUGCGUUGGUCGCAUGGCGCUGACCAAACACGUCGUAUGUACCUACAAGCCCGGGUCCAAGAACCCUUCGACGUAUCAGUACAAACUCUACUGCGUAGCCAACAAGAGCGGUUCGGCGGAGUCAACCGAGGUCGCGAUUUAUAACUGUAGCUCUCAACUGGGGGAUAAUCGCAAUGCCCGUGUCGCGGAUUAUGGCUUCUUGGCGCCGAAGACGCUCGAGAUGGCUACGCCAUGCGGUUCCGGCGGUUACGGCUUCGCUGCUGACGGCGGAUGCCACUCCAGGCACUGGGCAAUGUGCUUGGACAACUCUGAUCUGGGAAAUUGUUACUAUAUGGACCGCCACGAUGACUGCGAGUGGCCUGGAAAGCUUGAGUACGCGAAGCUUCCCACUACGAUCACCAUCUGGUACUUCGCUCCUCCCUAA